UCGUCGAAUCUGGUUUAUAUAAUAAGUAUUAGUUUUCGAUCGCAGUCCCGGCUCGAACGGAGGACGCCUCAGUUGUUAACCAAACGUUCGAUCUUGCUGUUUGUUUUGUUGAGGGUUGAGUGGAGCUCCGCAGCUGUGAACGACGAAACCCUCCUCCUGUCAAAAUUCUUGAAGCCAUCGGUGCGCGAAAAGUGUGGGAGUUGUGGAUCAGUUUGUUGAGAAGUGUUGUAACAUUGCACGAAACAAAAAAAGGCGCAGCCAAAUCGCACCACAACGCACGCUCGCAAACAACUACGUGUCCAAAGCCCACACUAGUUCAGGAUGAGUGAAACCAGGAAUCUCGCGACCACGUUCUUGAUCCUGAUCGGUUUGCUAUUUCUGCUGUGGCUAAUAUACGAAGGAUUUAACUAGGCGACUUCGUAGCCUAAUUGUUUAGCCUAACUGUAGGGGAGCGAAAAUGAAAAGAAGAGAGAUAGAGAUUGCGAGAUCGUGUGAGCGGAUAGCGAACGAAUGAGAACGAUAUCAGGAUCGCAGCACCAUGCGGAAAAAAGCAAAUGCAUAACCUUUUACCACUACACCUAACCAACCAUUUAAAACAAAUGCACCCUUUAGAAUUCACUAGGAUUCCAGCUUAAGUUUUCUUUUGUACGUUUGGGUUCUUCACGCACGCACGCAAGAGCACGAAAGCGAGAGCACACACGCCUACAAAUGCAGUCACAACCACGUCUGUCCUGUCUAGUGCACGCUGCGGAGUGCUCUUCUGCACCAAUGUCGCAACAUUGUAGCACCGAGACCACCGUCAUCAGAAUGAGACCACCAGACCCGCUACGCGCAGGAUGCCGCUUGCCAUCCAGCGGCUUGUACUUGUUAAUCAAUUCUAGUAGACCACCCGACAGAGGCGGAUCCAAGCUUAAGAUCUUUGGACACCCACACAUCCGACAGGUAGUUUCCAUUAUCUUGACACUCAGGAUCGCUGCAGUCGUCGAUUGGCAGACGAAUUGCAUUGGGCAGCUGCCGGAAGCGUUCGAAGCCGUAAACAUAAUCAACAAAACGACUUCCCCCGAGGGCACGACGAUGAAAAAAGACGAGAAACAUGUCAAGGAUAGGCCCGAUCGUAAAAUAAUUCGCCAUCCGACGGCACCCUUUUCGACGAAAGCGAUCAUCAUCAAUUUGAUCAUUGCUUUUUUUCUGUACCUUCUGCGACGAGUCAUAGCUGGCGGCAAAAGUGCGAUCACCAAAUACAGCCGGUUUAUCAAAUAGGCGAACAACUCCGCGAACAGAGACAUUGGGGCGCCUCAUUUCUUCAUCUGUUUUUUAUGAUUUUCUUAUGCAUCAUCAAUUUUCGUUAGAAGCUUUGUCCGUUUACUGUCAACUAUAGAAGUGUAAUGUUAUAAUGGUAAAACGAAACAAUUGCUU